AUGGCGUUCCAAAUGCGGAAUGUCAUUUGCGAUUAUUCCUUGGGGCCACCAAACCAAGUAAAUAUGAAAGUCUAUGAAUCAAAUUGCACUGUACCUACUCUACAUAUUUUUGGAAUCACUGAAGAAGGAAGAAAAGCCUGUGUUCAUGUACAUGGUGUCCUUCCGUACCUCUUUCUUCGAGUUGGAGGUACAUUCACUCCUUAUAUAGAAACGUUGAUGAAAACCAAACUGAAUCGUCUCCUUCAACGAGAGUUAUCAGAGAAGAAUAAAAAACCAGGCAGAAGUUACAACCAAAACUUUGUUUUCAAAAUGGAAGAAGUUGAAAGGAAAUCCCUAUAUGGAUAUUACAAAGAGCCUGAAUCUUAUGCUAAAGUUUAUUUCACAAACCCUUAUUAUGUAAUCAAACUCUCAAAAGCUCUAGGAAAGGAGCUUCAAGCAGUUCCUGGCUUACAACCUUACGAAUCCCAUAUUCCUUAUACUCUCCAGUUCUUCAUUGAUUACUCAUUAUUUGGAAUGGACGUUAUCCAUUUCGACAAAGUUCUUUACCGAAUCUCACCGCACAGACUUGGUUCAGAAGUUAUUCAUGAAAACUUAACUGCAGUGGAAAUUCGAAACUCAGAAGCUUUGUCUCCUUUAGCACCUAUAACUUCGUGUUGGAUUGAAUGCGAUGCGUAUGCUUCGGAUAUAAUGAAUUCUCAAAUGUACAAAACUAACAAAUAUUCUACUAAUCCGGGUUUGGAAUAUCUUUGGAGCGAAGAGGCUGUUCGAUGUAGAUUGCAGAACCGAGAGCUCAAAGACACAUUCAAUACUUAUACUCCUCGACCAUACUUCACUACUCGCCAGGAGAGGGAAUUGAAGAAAAGAAUGAAAGAUGUCGCUAGAGGAUUGAAAAAGAAUCUUGCUGAUUCAGCCUCACAAUCGACAACCUCUAGUGGAACUUACACUCAAAUGUUAAAUGAUACUGUCGCUCCUAAUAUGGAUAUGACUUUCUCUGAAGACAUGCGAGCAGAAACACUAUGGUCAACUCAGGAUUCACCGAAUCUUCCAAUUGGAGAAGAAGAUGAAGACGAUAUUCUUCCGAAAGAAGACGAAAUCACAGAGGAACAGGCAGAGGAGGAAAUCAGUGACAUGACAAUGUUAGCGGCAUUAGAAGACAAAGAGACGGCCAACUACCUAAGCCAACGAAGUGUGAGAUCAAUACUACCAGAAGAGAAUGAAAAUGUUCAGAGAGAAUGGCUUACCGUAGAUGAGGACUUGCCACUCAAAGUUAAAAGUGAGGUUCCGUCUCAGAAGAGUCAAUCGUCGGAUACUAUAUCGAAGACAAUGACAAACAAAAGCAUUCAUAAUAAAAUGCUUUUCUCUGAAUCCUUUCUUGAUAGAACGUCUCUUGAAACUACACAAGCUCCAGAUGUCAAAGUGGUUUCCGAUGGUGAUAUCGCUGAAGUUGCUCAUUUCUCAGUGGCCAGUCUAGAGAUAAUAGCUCAAUCAUCACAUGAAUAUCCGAAUCCCUUUUCUGACCCCAUAAUAGGAGUCUCAAUCUGCGUUAUCCCCGAUGUUUGUCGUUCACUCAAAUCGUCUGAACACGUUUUCAUAACCACUAUCUCACCUGAUUUACUGCCCGAUGAUCGCUGUUUUUGGGUGGAGGACGAAAAACAGAUUUUCGAAAAAGUUAUCGAAAUAAUUCACAAAUGUGAUCCCGAGAUGUUGUUGGGAUAUGAUACUGACCGUCUAUCAUGGGGAUAUCUUCUUCGACGAGGAGAAGUUAUCGGCAUUCCGGGAUUUAUCAAAAAGCUUGCUCGCUAUUUUAAUGAGAGCACCUCUUGGAAAGUUAAUGAAUCUGAUGUAACGUCUCCCGACGGGCGAAUACUCACCACUGUCUGGAAAGUUGUUCGUUGGGAUUUAGCGUUGAGAACUUAUGAUCGGUGUGCCGCAGCUCUUGAAGUUUUGAAGACGAAAGUUCCAAACUUUGCGAAUAACAUCUUGUGUGAGAUGGUUGAACAGUUUGAUAAACGACUAACAAAAUUUGUUGUUGGUUACUUGCUGCGGAUUUCUUUCGUUGAUAUUCAUAUUCUAUCCGAGAUGGAUUGGUUUUUGAGAAAUGCGGAAAUGGCUCGUGUUUAUGGAAUCCAGUUAAGUGAGGUAUGGAACAGGGGAUCACAGUUUCGAGUCGAAUCCAUGCUACUUCGUUUGGCUCACACAUUAGGUUACGUAGCUCCUGCUAUAAGCCCAGCUCAAAGAACUCAAAUGAGUGCGCCAGAGCAGUUGCAACUUAUUUUGGAGCCAGUGUCGAAAGUCUAUCAUGAUCCAGUGAUCGUUCUUGAUUUUCAAUCUCUCUAUCCUUCCAUGAUCAUUGCGUACAACUAUUGUUUUUCCACCAUAAUGGGAAAAGUAGAUCAUCUGGAGCUUUCUACAAGCACAUCGGAGAAAACUCUCGAGUUAGGAGCUAUGAAGUACGACGUAAACCCUUUGACAAUUGUGGAAACGGUGGCUUCCAGACAAUUUCGAUGUUCUCCUCUCUCUGCUUCUUUUGUAACGAAAGAAGCUCGAGAUGGCUUGAUCCCCAUCAUGCUGCGAGAAGUACUGGGUGCUAGAAUCAUGAUCAAGAACUCAAUGAAACUUGCAAAAAGCCGUAGGCUACGGAGGAUUUUGGAUGCUCGUCAAUUAGCCUUGAAGCUAGUAGCCAACGUCACCUAUGGAUAUACGGCAGCUAAUUGGAGUGGAAGAAUGCCUUGUCCGGAACUUGCUGACGCUAUUUUAGGAAAGGGAAGAGAGACAUUAGAAAGAGCUAUUGCUCAAGUGGCUAAAGGGAACUAUGGAACAUCUCAAGUUAUCUAUGGAGAUACUGACAGUAUGUUUGUGCUGGUACCAGGUGGUACGUUAGAAGAAGCCUUCGAGAUAGGCAGAAGAAUUGCUGCGGAUGUCACGAAUGCGAAUCCAUGUCCUGUGACUCUGAAACUGGAGAAGGUAUACAUGGGUUGUGUGUUAGAAACCAAAAAACGUUAUGCUGGUUGGAUGUUUGAGUCAGAAACUGAUACUGGUCGGCUUGACUCUAAAGGAAUAGAAACUAUCAGAAGAGAUACCUGUCCUAUUGUGUCUAAGAUUCUGAGUAAAUCAUUGGAACUUAUUUUCCAAAAACGAUGGAACUCUUUGAAUAUCUAUUUAGAUUCCAAGCUUUCACGUCUCGAUGAUUUAUCAUUUCACAACUUCACAUUCAGUAAAGAGUACAGAGGACAGUAUUCGCUUGGUGCACCUGUUCCUCAGAAGAAAAUUGCAGAAGCUUUGUUGGAAAAGAAUCCAGUUCAUGUUACAUUACCCGGAGAACGCGUCUCUUAUGUGAUCGUUGAAGGACAUCCUGACGCGACUGUUAUAUCCUGUGUCAGGUCUUUGACAGAAUUCUUGGAUAAUCCUCAGCUCAAAAUACACGUGUCAUAUUAUGUAAGAGCACAUAUCUUAGCAGCUCUUCGUCGAGUAACCGAUUUGAUACCUCUUCAAAUCAUCUGGCAUCAGAAUAAACCUCGUCAUUGUUACACACCGGAAUGUUGGACAAUUGGAAGACGUCCAUGGUGUACAUCUUGUUCUAAUCAAGCUUAUCCUUAUGUCUAUGCUCAAUUGUCUGUAGGUCGCAACGAACGGUUGCUUUCCAUUGCGCAGGUCGCAUGCAAAAGCUGUAAUCAACUAGGCCCCGGUCACAAAUGGAAAAUAGAAUCAUGCACAAACUUUCACUGUCCCGUUCGUCAAGUAAUUGCUAACGUAGCACGAAGUGAAGCUUCCAAUACACUAGCUCAGCAUUCGUUUUCGAAGCAGUCUAGACAGUGUUGA